AUGGCGGCCAACUCCGUGGCUCAGCCUCAGGGCGACCAAGAAUUGCCACAUUUGGCGAAGCCUGCGACGCUGGGCCAUAAACCAAUGACUGAGUACGUGUCUCCAGGUAAGGAAGAGAAGGCAGAACUAGCCGCUUCGCUGGAAAAUGAGGCCUCAAAGAUGUCGACAACUCGGGUAGCUGUGCUUCUCGGAAUCAUAUGGACCAUGCUAGUUUUCCCUCUCCUAGAUGAGACUAUGAUUGCCACCCUUCUAGCUCCUAUCUCGGCAUCAUUUCACUCUCUCUCGAACCUCUCAUGGAUAUCAACAACAUACCUGAUUGGCAUGGCUGCUUCGAAUCCCCUCUCAGGUCAUGUGGCAGAUGUUUUUGGUCGCCGAUACUGCUUGAUAGGGUCUGGUGCCAUCUUCGUGGUUGGAACACUUCUCUGUGGUUUGAGCUCACGAUUGUGGGUUUUGCUCCUUGGCAGAUCCAUACAGGGGUUUGGUUCUGGCGUAAUGCAGUCAGUCGUAUCGUUCAUCGAGGCCGACGUCGUGACGCUUCGAAAUAGAGGCAUCACAGAAGCAGUAGGCGGAAUUUUGUUUGGUGUCUGCUUGGCUGUUGGGGGAUUAUACGGUGGAGGGAUUAAUGACACUAUAGGGUGGAAAUGGGCAUUCUUCAUCCAGAUUCCAGUCACAAUAGUUUUGGCCAUAGGUGCCUGGUUUCUCGUGGAAAUCCCAAAGAAGAAGUCAAAUAUUUCGAGUCUUCGUCGUCUCGAUUACGUCGGUGGAAUAGCUAUCCUCUUCGCCAUUGUACUCUUCCAACUCGGACUUCAGUCGGGAGGGAAUUCUCGUUCUUGGAAGUCUACUUUGGUAUUGGUAUCGCUGCCAUUGUCGCUAUUUAGCUUCAUCGUUUUUCUAGUUUGGGAUAUCUAUUUCGCCAAGGAACCUGUUUUGCCAAUGGGGCUCUUACGCAUCCGAAAUAUUUACCUCUCGUCAAUAUUUUAUCUUUUGAAUUCAAUGUCAUACUUGACAAUUGAAUUCUAUAUAGCGAUAUACCUCCAGGUUUUAGGCCAUUCCACAACAGCAGCGGGGCUUCGAUUCAUUCCACAAGCCUUUGGAGCUGCUGCUUCAACUAUGCUUGCUGGGAUCCUUGUUAAGGUCACAGGAAAAUAUUAUUGGCUUAACAUCCUAGGUCAGAUAUUUGCUGUUCUUAGCGCCGCACUGCUCUUGCUCUUGGAAAUUUCGUCGCCUUCAUGGUAUCCAUUUGUGUUUUUAGGUAUUUCUGGUGUAGGUUUCGGAAUCAGUUGGGUGACAGUGUUAAUGGCGUCCCUGAGUUCCACUACGGAUGAUCAGCAAGCCAGCGUGCAGUCAGCUGGAUACUUUUUCAGAUUCACAGGUAUGGCUAUUGGGAUGACAAUUUCAACAGCAGUAUUUCAGAAAAUUUUAAAAGACGGUCUAUGGUCGUCUUUUGGAAAUGAAGCAGGGGCCGGGCCGCUGCUCAAUACUCUGCGGACAGAUUUUAAUGCGGUACAAGCUCUUCCUUUUCCAGAGAAGGAGAAAGCCCAAGAAGAUUAUAUGACAGCAUUACAUGUUGUGUUCUAUAUCGCAACAGCCGAAGCUGUUCUUGCGGCGAUAGCGAGUCUGUUCUUCAAGGAGAAUGAUCUUCCGGAGAGUUUGAAAGAGAAUUAA